UAGGUAGGAUGUAUGUUCUACCUCUCCUGAGAGAUACUUUUGAAAGCCGCAGCCCUCAGGAGAGGUGGAACAUACAUCCUGUUUAAGUGAAAACACCCGAGAGAGUUUCCAGCCCUGUGAUUGGCUUAUCAGCAGCCAAUGAGGAGUUUUUCCCAUACAGAUGGGAGGCGUUGCGAAACAUGACUAAACGUCCUCGCCAUGGAAAUAAUUAGCAAGCGCUUAGAAGCAACACCAAUCGCCAUCAGGAGAGCCAAGGAAAACGUCACGAAAAUCCAAUUGGAAAUCGGCCUCGCUACCGCUCCAUGGAUCUCACAUUCCCACCACGGGAGCGCACUAGCAGCACAAGCAGUUUGACAGAGGAUGGGACUAAACGCAGAUCUUCAUCACGAGCCAUAAAACGGCCAAAGUUUGAUGAUGAAUUAGUUGAGUCAAGUUUAGGAGGACAGUGUGCAACACCAAUAAGUAAAAUUAGGACUCGUAAUCCCUCUCUGUCUACUGCCUCAGACUGUUCAGUUUCAUUACCACCAACUCCCUGCGUUACUUUAGAUGUGCGUAAGCGCCUCUCUUCCAAAUCCUCAAGUAAAAGAGCUAGGAAAGGUAGAGGGUCCCAAGCCAUUGUAACAAAAGAUUUAGGUCGUUGGAAGCCUACAGAUGAUUUGGGACUAAUUAUUGGAGUACAACAGACUUGUGAUUUGGUAACUGUCCAUAGAGGUGUUAAAUUUUCCUGUAAAUUCACUUUAGGAGAAAUUCAGGAGAGAUGGUAUGCACUUCUCUAUGAUCCUACAAUAUCUAGAAUUGCACAGCAGGCCAUGAAAAAUCUACAUCCAGACCAGGUACAAGCAGUGCAGGCACGUGCACUUUAUAGUAAAGCAGAAGAGGAACUUUUAGGCACUAUCAAAUCAAACUCAAAUCCAAGUUUGCAAACAUUUGAAACUCAUCUCCGAGAAAAUCCUCAUGUGUUUUUUUCAUCUCGCACACCCAAAGCACUAUUAACCCACUGGUUACUACUCAAACAAUACCACCUUUUACCAGAUCAAACUGUACCGCCUCUCAGUAAGAGUGGACCAGUCAAGGAUUUUUCAGAAGCUGAGCAACAGAUUCACGAUUCAGAACUGUACGAAAGUAGUGAUGACUUGCUGGAACAUGAACUUGGGAUAGCAAGCCGAGGAAGCAAAAGAGAGAUAAGGUUACUUGAAGACCAAGUCUCCAAGUGGCAAGUCUUGGUAGAUACAGUCACAGGAAUCUCUCCUCCAGAAUUUGACAACCAGACAUUGGCUGUCCUACGUGGUCGAUUAGUAAGAUACCUUAUGAGAUCAAGAGAGAUAACUUUAGGACGUAAGGCUGCUGGUGUAAAUGUGGAUGUUGAUUUAUCAUUAGAAGGACCAGCAUGGAAAAUAUCACGUAAACAGGGGAUAAUCAAACUUCGUAACACUGGAGACUUCCUCAUAGCAAAUGAGGGUAAACGGCCUAUUUACGUUGAUGGUAAACCAGUUUUGGCAGGCAACAAAAUUAAACUGAAUAACAAUUCAGUUGUUGAAAUUGCAUCUUUAAGAUUUAUAUUUCUCAUAAAUCUUGAUCUCAUUAAUGUUAUACGCCAAGAAACUGCAAAACUCAGUGGCCAUUAAAUUGCAUUGACAGACAAUGUCAUCAGCAAUCUGUGUUUAUUAAAUAAUAGAUAAAAUAUGGUUUGUGAUAUUUGAAACUUGGUAUUGUAUAUUUAAACAAGGUUCAGUCUGGACUGCUUUUGUUUGUAUUUUUUUUUUCAAAUUAGUUUAUACAUACGUAUAUGUAUAGGAUUUAAUUACACUUAAAUUUCGUAUUGGUAAAAAAAUAAGCUAAUAGUUUUAUUUUACCAUGGUACUAUCCAAGCAACCAUUCCUUCUUUAUUAUUCAUGCCUAUUAUAUGAAAAGGUGAUACAUACUAAAUAAAUGUGAGGGAAUAAAAAAUAAAAGUCCUCAAAUUCCAGGGAUGACAGCAGAGGGCAGGAAAAACUGUGUUCCUCACAUAAAUGUUUAUAGAUCAGGGGAUUCCACAACUGCACUAAGCAAACUAUUGCAAAUUUUUGUUGUAGCCUAAACAAAACACCCAGCCAGAAAACUUGAUUGCAGCAGCUGCCUGCCUAGUGUUGCAAGCAAAAACAGCUACGUCAAGUAAAGAAUCCAGGAGAGUUGACAAAAUAAGUUUUGAUUGAUGACACGUGUUUGAGAGUCAACUCCUGAAGCACUGGAGGACAGUACUUUUAAAUGAGAUAGUAGUUAUAACAUCUAGAUACAAAUAUUUAGUUAUAACAGUUAUAAAAUCUUUCAUCACAAAACAUUUCAAAAACACUUCUACAAAAUACUAACUUUUUAAGAGGAAACUACAUAACUUAUUGUCUUCUUAAAAGGCAUUGUCCUCCACCAAACCUCUUCUCACCCUAUCUUCCUCUAAUAGGUUCCUCCCGAGUCCUCUACAAUCCCUUCCCAUCAUCCAUCAUCCUGAACACAUGCCCAUACCAUCUUGAUCAUGCCUUUGUUAUCACCUCGUAAUCUUUACUAAGCCUGCCAGUCCCCCUUUAUUUUGUCAUUUUCCAAUCUUUCAAGCAGCAAUAGUAUUCCCAUAAUCCACCUCGGCAUCCUUGUCUCUCAAAAGCGAAUAUCAAAAUUACACCUAAGAGUCACUGGUAAUGACAACUACCAUUUUAAAUAUAAAUCAGGAUGCAAAAGGUAAAAGUUGAUCCACAUGAUUAUAUAUCAGUUAUGUCAGUUAUUUCAUUUUUAUUAUUGUUAUUUUCUGCAUUGUCAAAAUAUGGUGAAUGUCCAAUGUAUGGGAAGCAUAUGGUUGAUUUUAGAUGUCUAUUAAACAAUAACAGAGCAGAAAAGAAGACGUGCGAGGGUUGUUUGCCUGGUAGAAGAGAGCUCUCUGUCUGAUAGGAGUUUUGGGUUGUAAGUCUUGUUGUGGUUUUGUUCAGAGGUUUUAGCUGGAGCAUACUGGGACUACAGAAUGUGAACAGGCGGGUAGAUUGCGCAUUUGUGUUCAAAAGGAAAAAUUAGGCUAUGAAAAUAUUCAGUGGUAGCAGUACGGUCGGAUCAGUUGUUAAACAAAGGGAGAUUAGAUGGAGAAGGGAACGUCCGAGAUUUAGCGGGAUAAAAGAAGUUGAAGAUUGGCUAUUGUUGUUUGGAGAAGAUGUAAAAUAACCGGCGAUAGAGAUAAGAAUGAGCUUAAAAGGUAAAGCCCAAGAAGUAGCAGAAGGAAUAGAGUUGAACUUAAGGGUACAGAGGGUCCAAAGAUAAUCCUAUCCAAACUAAAUGAAGCCUAUCUAAAAGACUCGCUGAUGGAGAAUUACAGUAGAAUGAAAAACUAUUCAAAUAGGAAGAGAGUCAAGUGAAAAAAUGAGGGACUUUUUAAUUAGGUACGAAAAGGCAGCAUCACAGUGUGACAGCAAUGGAGAAAAGUACGCUUGGAGAAGUCGAGGGUUUUCAUGUAGUAAAAGCGGCCCUCGGUUAGCGGCAGGGGUUUCGUUCCUGGCCGCCGACGCCAAGUGAUUUUCAAUGCAAAGCGAUGUUAAAGCCUACGGCCGCCGCACACCACCUUUUUUUGGAAUACUAGACCAAUUAACAGUGUCCUAGACCAGUCAUACGGUGCUGUAAUCCCGCAAUGGCGCAAUAAGUAAAAUUAUACUUAUGUAGUAGAGUACUAUAGAAUGUAAAGUGAAAAAAACCAUAGCUUUAAUCCUUUGGGUGUCUAGAGUAUGUAAAGAUAUAGUAAGGUUUUAUAGUGUACAGGUAGCUGUACUGUUCAAGUUACGAUAAUUCGUCUUACGAUAAUCUGAUUUUAUGAGAGACCAAAUUACAAUAGCCUAACUUUAUCCCAUCUCCUAGUUACACAAGUUCAAAAACAGCAAAAGAGAAUUAUGAAAGUAUGGUUUUAACACUAUUCCUUGCGUAAAUGUGUACAGCCAUGAACAACCAAACGAGAAACCAUUUUUUAAAAAAUUUUAGGUACAACCAAACUAGGUAACAUCCGUUUUGCUUGUAUUACAAUCACCAUACUAUAGUACACUAUUACCAUAGUUGUUAUAAAUGCAUUAUGUAGAAUAGAACCGAGAUAUCUUAAUGUAAUAAUUUUAUUCGCCCUAGAUCAAAGAUCAAUCAGGAAAUAUACUGUUAAAUUUAAACCUAGUUAUAGCUGAAGCUGAGAAAACUGUUCAAGCUGCUAUUGACCAUUAUCGUGCAUCGGCAACAAGGAUAAAACUCUAAUAAACCUAUGCCAUCAAACACAAUCUUAGAUAAAAUUGAGAUAAAAUAAUUUAAUCAAAACUACUGUGCUUGAAAGAGCACAUUUUACUGUUUGGUUCACACCGAUAUAAGAUAAAUAACAUAAAGUUUGUAUUACAAUGAUAUAAAGGAAUAUUGCGAACGGAAUCACGUAAUUUUAUGCAAUAAACAUGCCGCCAACGUAAUCUGUUAACGAAAAAAAAAAAAUUAGUUCACAAUCACAACGAGACAUAUUCAAUUUAUAUUUCCGACUAAAAACACGUCGUAUAAGGAAAAAUAACCGUGUCUCAUAUAAGUCAAGUAUCUAGAUAUUCGUUUAUGUUAACUAGAAGCAAGAAAAUUCGUUCAGAAUUGCGUUAAAUAUGGCGAAGCAAACUCUUAUUCGCUAUCAGCUGAUUUCAAACCGUUACAUUGGCCGCUCUGCAGAAUACUGGCUUAGAUUUGCCAUAGUAUUUUAUAACACAAUAAUAUGAGAAUACAUACAAUAUUAUUGGAUACAGUGAAGUAAUGUAUAACUUUUUAAAGGAUUUAUGAAAAAGAUACAUAUUUACUUUUUCUCCUGUGUUUUGUCUUAAUUUUUGUCAUUAUGCCAUCUAUGUCGCAGCAACAUCUUAAGCUCAUACAGUCGUACCUCAAUUUUUUGCUCGCGCAAUAAAGCAAAAAAUUGACCAAGUUGCAGUUAUAUUUUGUACUUCUAUCUCAUGGAAAUACAAACAAAUGGCAGUAUUGCGAAAUUUAAUGUCUGCGCAAAUUUUCUCUUAAAAUUCAUGCAACAAUUGUAAAUAUAAUUUAUAAAAAUGUGAUUCAAUUAUAUAAAUCAAAAUUUUAUUAUUUGGGCGCGACUGAACAACCUAUUGUUUUCACCACGUGAAGGGUUGUUACAAAGACUUCAAACGGACAUGCGUACUGCCACUGUAUCAUAUUUAUGUACAAAAAUAAAAAAAAUACCCUGUAAUACAUUUUUCAUACACAUUUUAAACAUAAAUGCAUGAAAACUUAUAACAAAAAGCUGAAGUUUCAUUAACAAAUUGAAUUUUAAUUAACUCCUAAAUUAAUAAAAUAACACCAUGCAUUUUUUGGAACAGUGAUGAACAAGAACAAACAUGAUAAAACAUCCUGUGACAACGUGGAGGGUAGUUACAAAAGCUGCCUUAAUUUGUAUCAUUUAUGUACAAAAAUAAAAAUUCCCUAUACCUAA